AUGAAGAAACAAUCAGUUAUUAAAUCUUAUUUUAAGUUAAAGUUAAACAAAUAUCAAGCAACAUCACCUCUACAAACUACUAGUAAUACUACAUCAGAAAUUUCAGAAACUGAUUCUUCUCAUAUAAGAGUAGGAGAUUAUGGUGUUUCAUUAUUACAUUUUGAUUUUAAAACAAAUAAAGACGAAGAAGAGACUCAAUCAUCUUCAUCUAGCAGUUCAGUUUCUCAUUGUCAAGAUCAAGAGGCAACUAAUUUUAUUCAAAAUCCACACGAUGACAUCUAUAGACAUCAUCCCGUUAGUUUCAAGCAUGAUAGGCUCAUAAAAGUAAAAAAAUAUGUUGGCCGGAUAUUUAAAUUUAGACAAAUGGAUUAUCAAUUUGCUCUAUGGCAAAUUUUAUACUUAAUGAUAUCUCCUCAAAAAGUUUUUCGUGAUUUUCAAUAUCGAAAGAACACCAAAGAUCAAUUUGCUAGAGAUGAUCCUGCCUUUUUAAUUCUAUUAAUUGGAAUGAUCAGCAUAUCAUCAAUUGCUUUUGCAUUUACACUUCACCUGGGAAUUCUUGGAUUUUUAAAAUUUUUGCUUUGGAGUGCCUUAUUUGAUUGUAUAAUAUUGGGAAUUGUUAUUGCUACCUUGUUUUGGUUUGUUACCAAUCGAUAUAUGAUAGAUUCAAGAUAUAAAUUUGUUGAUGUUGAAUGGGCAUAUGCUUUUGAUGUCCACCUUAAUGCAUUAUUUCCUUUAUUAUUGAUUCUUCAUGGGAUUCUUCUUCCUUUCAUCUCUUUAAUCUUAAAUUACCGUUAUUCACAUAUGUCAACUGCUUUUGGUAACGUGUUUUGGUUGGUCGCGUCCGCUUAUUACAUCUACAUCACGUUCAUUGGAUACAAUAGCUUGAUUACUUCAUAUUACACCUUUUCAAAAACGAAUCGAAUAGUACCCCCCCCCCUUCAUUCUUCACUUGAAAGAAACUUUACCAUAUAUCAAAAAUUCUCGAAUCAUAUUGACUCCAUUUACUCUACUUAUAUGCUUAUACAUAUUUUCCGUCAUCUUCAAUUGGAACGCCACAGCUUACUUUGUCAAAUUUUAUUACUAUCGUCUUUAAUGGAAAACUUUAUUCUCUUAUUUUAUUUGAUUAAAAAAUAAUCGCAAGAAUACUAUUUAUAAUUGUGUAAAUUACUUAUUAGAUAUUCUUUAAAAUAUAUUGAUUUUGAUCGAUUUAAAAAAAUAUAUUAUACAA